CGGCCGUCCCCAUCCUCUCCACUCUCCAGUCUCCACCAUCCCCACGGGCCACGGGCGGACGGGCCACGGCGACGGCUCCGCACGGUUCCGCCACGGCCACGGCUCGACGCCUCCACCAUCUCCUCCGCCACGGCCACGGCUCGACGGCUCCACCAUCCCCACGGACCACGGUCACGGCUCACUGCUCAAGCCUCAACCGGCGUCAACGCGACACCGCCUCAGAUGUCCGAGACCGAGAGUCAUAGCAUGGCACACUUGGAAUUUGAUCUUGGUGUUGAAGGUGAUGGCUCCGGCAGUGGUACCGGCAUUGGAUCUGGUCCUACAAAUUCGACCCCAGUCAGCAGUGUCAAGAAACAAAUGAACAAACGUAGCAAGAUAUGGCAGCACUUCACUGUCCAUGAAAAUGAUCCAAAUCGUGCCGUUUGUAACUAUUGCGGUUCAAAUCUGGGCUGCAAAUCUUCAAGUGCAGGUACUUCUUCCCUCAUAAACCAUAUGAAAUCUUGCAAGAAGAAUCCUAGCAAGCUUGGUGGCCAUCAAACAGAGCUCGUGAGAAUUCUCUUAUGA